AUGGCCGGCGCAGUGGUGCGGAGCCUCGGCUGCGCUCUCCUGGCCGCUCGCCCUGCCUGGGGCCUGCUCCUCGGCGGCCGCGGCCACGACGCGGCCUCCGAGACUGCCGCGGCGGAGUCCGGCCUGGACCUGGACGACAUGAUGAAGAUCGCCCCCCCGUCCUUCCGGGACCGGCCCGUGCUCGUGCCCCCCCCCGACCGGCGGGAGGGCUUCCGCCGUGGGCUCGCGCCUCGCCCCGCUGCCAGCAGCCUCAUCGAGCGCAGAACUGUGGUCGAGCGUGGGGCGGGCGCUGGCACGGGCUCGGGCGCCGACUCCAGCGCGGGCGUGGCGUCGCAGGGCCUGGAGCCGCGGUACCAGCCCGCGCAGGCGUUCCAGCCCGCCGCGGACUUCCAGGACAUGGCGGCGGCCGCGGUGGAGACGAGCCACGAGCUCCCCUGGGGCGUCGGUUCGCCCAGGACCGGCGACAACGUCGCGGUCAACGAGUACUCGUCGAUGCCCGCUGUGGACGUGCCCAAGUGGGGAGAGUACAGCCUGGAGCAGGGCGACACCCUCACGUCCUUCAGCAGCGCCAAGCAGGACGUAAAGCUCCUCACCCAGGUGUUAAUGAAUGUCACGAACGGCUUCUAUCUGGACACCAACGCCAUGGACGGUGAGGCAAACAGCAACACGCUCCUUCUCGAGCUGCUCGGCUGGCGUGGGCUGUGCAUCGAACCGCGCACGUACUGGUACAUGGAACUGUGGUCCAAGUUUCGUAAGGCAUGGCUGUUCCUCGGUGCCCUCUCCCCUCACGAGAACGCGACGAAGCUUGGCUUUAACUAUGACGGCGAGGUCGACGAGCUGAGCGGUCACAAGAUUCACGCGUAUCCCUUGAAGACCUUCUUGCAAGAGAUGGGGGGGCGCAAGACGAUCGAUUUCUGGAACCUGCGCAGCGGGGGGUACGAGGCCGAGAUCCUGAACGAGACGCUGUUCCACUCGGGAAGCUUCAUCGAGUUCGGCGUGAUCCUCGUCACCUUCGAUGGCCGCCGCUCUGCGCGAGGUUCCCAGGACUACGUACAGGCACGCUCCAGGGACGAGACCGAGGGGCUCAUAUUCGACCUGCUCCACAAUGCCAGUUUCAAGUUCAUCGGCGGUCUGGACCCCUACUGGAUCAAUACCGUCGAGCCGCGUUACGGCUUCAAGGACGCCGUCUUCGUCAACCCCACGUAUUUCGUGUCACGCAACAUUCCGCUGCCAACUUCGGUCAAGGGCCCACCCCCUCCGACACUCCCUGGAUUCAGCCCCAGCCGUCCAUGGGCUGGCUUUAGCUCGUGGGAGGAAGGCUUCACCCACAGCGAGGAGGUCAAUCUCAUUGGCAAGUAUGUCAAAGCGAGCAGGCAGGACGCCUCACUGAUAGAGCCUGUACCGAAAGCGAAUCGCGUCUCGAACACCCUUACGAUCAGCUAG